AUGGCGCAAUCUAGUCAAACGCUCGAGAGUUUACUGUCGAUAGUUACUGGGCUUACCACAACGCUCACAACCAAUCUUCGAGCAAAAAACCUUUCUGAGCCAUCAUUUAACGAAGAUGCCCCUGGAUCGUUCCCUCCCGAUCAAGAUAUCCAAGGCCCCCGUACGAAACUUGUCGAAGCGCUGAUGGACAUGCUGCAUUUAGCCAUGGGCCCGAACGAAUUUUUUAUGACCCAAAAUAUGUGGUUGGGUAAUGAGGCCAUGGCACUGGACGUCCUCAACCGUUUCAACUUCUGGGGUGCUGUUCCGAUUGGAGGCUCUGCCAGCUAUGCUGAAAUUGCAGUUGCUACGAAAUUACCCGAGGAAAUAGUUCGCCGAUUCCUCCGAUUUGGCAUGAACAUUUACCUGUUUCGACAAGAGUCUCCUGGGUCCGACCGGAUCAUUCACACUGCUGCCUCUGCAUAUAUGGCACGUAACCACCAUAUGCAAUCGUUCACGAGUCAUCUCCUUGAAGAUGUGCGCCCUGCGACUACGGUGAUGGCAGAUGCAUUACAAAAAUGGUUGGUUGAACACCCGACGCCGAGCGAAGAGGUGGAACAUGCUCCUUUUUAUCUGGCGAGCUUUGACGGCAAGGUAGUAUCUCGCCCGAUGUGGGAAUUUCUGAACGUGGAUGAGAAGGAAGGCAAGCCAAAAGGCUACCGUGCUACCCGAUUCGCUGAAGGGUUGCAAGAUCUUGGUGGUAUGGUUAAUACCGAGACCUAUGUGGAAACCUUUGACUGGGAGAGCCUCGGAGAGGCUACUGUUGUUGAUGUGGGCGGCUCAAGUGGUCAUAUCAGUGCUAUGGUAGCGAAAUCUCAUCCAAACCUCCGCUUCACAGUUCAGGAUCUCUCAGAGCUACAGCCAGCUUUCGACAGUGCCAUGGCAUCGACGCCUGAGCUUGCAAGUAGCAUAUCAUUUCAGGUACAUGACUUCUUUACGCCACAGCCUCUUUCCGCAAGCGCAUAUAUCUUUCGCAAUAUCUUUCAUGACUGGCCGGACAAAUAUGUUGUGAAAAUUCUUCAGCAGCUAGUUCCAGCUUUGACACCAGGGGCUCACGUCCAACGACCACCGUUACCCGUAAGAAAGAUGCAGAGCGCUUUUGACAUGCAGAUGUUAGUCCUUUUCAAUGCCAAGGAACGUACAGCAGAGGAUUGGGCUACCGUAUUCAAGAUGGCAGACGAUCGGUUUCAGGUGAAUGCCGUAAAGGUAAUCCCAGGUGCUAGUGUAGGGCUUAUCGACGUUAUGUUUGAUGGGGAAAAGGAGGAUAAAGAGUAA